UUUAUACUCGUUCCGGGGCUCCGCUGUCAGCCGCUGUGCUCCAUACGCUUUCCGUCGGUGAAACACACACUGAGUGAUGCGCAACCAGCCAGCACCAUCCCUCACAAAUCUCAAAAGGAGGUGACUUGAUCAGCAUAUGACAUUCUCCAGGUCAUUGCCUGGAGCAAACAGUAGAGCUGCUCUGCCUACCUACGGAUACCAGGUCAAACCAAUAACAAUGCAUGGCCUGUAAGCAGCCCAUCAUGGCUCAUAGGAAGAGGCCAGGGAACAGCGGAGGAAACAGUAUGGCUGCUCCAGGCCUCUGUUCCAACCCUCAUCCUACCGAGUCAUGUGAACCAAAAGCCCUCCCUCCUCGGCAACGCCCGAUCCGCUACCCCAAAGAGUCACGUGAUCCGAAACCCCUCCCCCGUUCCUGUAAGGUACAAUACUCCCCUCCUAAGUCUCAGGAUGUGAGUCACAACCAUCCAGAAGCAGAAGCGGACACGGUGGUGGAAGUGAAGCGCUACAGCAACCAAGCAGAUCCAGAACAGCAGGAGCAGCGGCCAGCUACACCCUCCUCGCCAGAACAUGAACGAGACCGAGAUGAGCAUGACGGGGUGGACUUCCAUGGUGGAGCUGACAGCCUGGAUGACGACUCCAGCUCUGACUACAUUAAUAACACAUCAGAUGACGAGGAAGACUAUGAUGACGGGCUGGCAGAGGAGGAUGAAGGUACGACUUACUACAUCCGCUACUGUCCAGAGGACGACAGCUACAUGGAGGGUGUGGACUGCAGAAGCCAGGGAGACUGUAACCACGGACACAGCCAGGGCGACAGCACCAACACCAUGCAACAGAGUGAGGGACACGCUGAUGAAGGCCAGGAGGCUGAGGAAGGGUGGGCUGAGGAGGGAGCGGUCGAGGGGGAGGUAAGAGAGGAAGGGUGGGUGGAAGGAGAGGGAGGAGAGGAUGCGGGUAGGGAGGAGUGGAAAGAGGAAGAGGUGAGGGAGGAGUGGAGAGAAGAGGAGGAGGAGGUGAGGGAGGAGUGGAGAGAAGAGGAGGAGGAGGAGGUGAGGGAGGAGUGGAGAGGAGAGGAGGAGGAGGUGAGGGAGGAGUGGAGAGGAGAGGAGGAGGAGGAGGAGGUGAGGGAGGAGUGGAGAGAAGAGGGAGAAGAGGUGAGGGAGGAGUGGAGAGAAGAGGAGGAGGAGGUGAGGGAGGAGUGGAGAGAAGAGGGAGAAGAGGUGAGGGAGGAGUGGCGAGAAGAGGGAGAAGAGGGGAGGGAGAAAUGGAGAGAAGAGGGAGAGGAGGAUGCCAGGGAGGAGUGGAAAGAGGAGGGUCAGUGGGUGGGACGGGAGAGCAGGGUGGAGGAGUGGGGUGAGGGAGAAGGGGAGGUUCGCUGUGAGGUGGUGGAACAGGAUCCAGAUGAACAGAUAUAUAAUGGAAGACCUGAGCCUAUUCUUGACCACCAUCAAAACCAUCUUCACCUCCACCCUCCCCCACUGCAAGACACCCAAGACGAGGAGGAGGAGAGUGAGGAAUACUGCCCUAAUGAGGAGGAAGAUGAGGAGGGGGACGAGGAGGAGAGACAUGGAAGGGCCUACACUGGAGACUACUAUGCCCCAGAGGACAAUGGGAACUCAGUAAGGGUCUCGCCGUACCUUAACCGUAAGGUGCUGGUGGUAGAAGGGGAGACGGGGGAGGAGGCGGAGGAGGACAUUGACCAAAUAGUUGCAGAGAUCAAGAUGAGUAUGAGCAUGGGAAGUCUAAGCAGCAGCACUGACCAAAGCCCUGAGGAGCUGGCGCAGGACCCUGCACCGAGUGACUACCCUCACCCCAAACCCGACCCGGCCCCCUACCCUCCAGCUCACCAUCGCCAUGACAGCAGACCUAAGUCCCUGAACCUGCCCUCCAUGCAUCACAACAACCCAGACCUCCAGAGGGGCAUCAAGGCACAUCCACGCUCCCCUGAAGACAGGCAGAGAUGGCAGCAGGAGCAGGUGAGCAAUGGUGCAGAGCAACCCAGAAAACAACAGCGCUCCGACCUCAACGUCCCCCUGGAGAACAACAAUGUACCCGAGCCAACAAAGAAGGUUGCAUCAUUCCCGAGCUUCGUCGAUGUACCAGGACCCUGUGAGCCAGAAGACCUGAUUGAUGGAAUUAUCUUUGCUGCUAACUACUUGGGUUCCACUCAGCUGCUGUCUGAAAGGAACCCCUCUAAGAACAUACGCAUGAUGCAGGCCCAGGAGGCUGUGAGCAGGGUCAAGAGGGUACAGAAGGCUGCCAAAAUCAAGAAAAAGGCGAAUGCAGACGGGGAUGCUACAACGCUCACUGAGGUCGAUCUGUUCAUCUCCACCCAGAGGAUCAAAGUCCUCAAUGCAGACUCACAGGAGACAAUGAUGGACAACGCGCUCCGCACUAUAUCCUACAUUGCUGACAUUGGAAACAUCGUUGUGCUGAUGGCGAGGCGCAGGAUGCCACGCACGGCCUCUCAGGACUGUAUCGAGACCACACCAGGGGCACCAGAGGCAAAGAAGCAGUACAAGAUGAUAUGCCACGUCUUUGAAUCUGAAGAUGCCCAACUCAUCGCUCAAUCCAUCGGCCAGGCGUUCAGUGUUGCUUAUCAGGAGUUCCUGAGAGCCAAUGGCAUCAACCCAGAGGACCUGAGCCAGAAGGAGUACAGUGACAUCAUCAACACCCAGGAGAUGUACAAUGACGACCUCAUCCACUUCUCCAACUCUGAAAACUGCAAAGAGCUGCAGCUGGAGAAGAGUAAAGGGGAGAUCCUGGGCGUGGUGAUAGUGGAGUCUGGCUGGGGCUCCAUCCUGCCCACAGUUAUCUUGGCAAAUAUGAUGAACGGUGGACCGGCAGCUCGCUCUGGCAAGCUCAGCAUUGGAGACCAGAUCAUGUCCAUCAACAACACCAGCCUUGUGGGGCUGCCACUCGCCACCUGUCAGGGAAUCAUUAAGGGCUUGAAGAACCAGGUUCAGGUGAAAAUGAACAUCGUCAGCUGUCCUCCUGUUACCACUGUCCUCAUCAAGAGACCUGAUUUAAAGUAUCAGCUUGGCUUCAGCGUCCAGAACGGCAUUAUAUGCAGCCUGAUGCGAGGAGGCAUAGCUGAGCGAGGGGGGGUCCGAGUGGGUCACAGGAUCAUAGAGAUCAACGGGCAGAGUGUGGUGGCCACAGCACAUGAGAAGAUUGUCCAGGCCCUCUCAAACUCUGUCGGCGAGAUUCACAUGAAGACCAUGCCAGCGGCCAUGUUCAGACUUCUAACAGGACAGGAGACCCCCAUGUACAUAUGAACAAUGGCCGGGGAGUGUUCAACAGGACAGGCUGUCAGUCACCGUUGAUUGGUUAUCUCACAGGGCAAACCAAGCUGACCGCUGACAGGGGCGGGGAUUACUUCUCCAUGCAGACUCUUUUAUUUGAUCUUUCUUUGAGUUGAUGAAUUCUUUAUCAUCUCUUCCCUUAUAUGUGCUUAACAUGCAAUGGUCAUUUUAUUGAUGUGAGAUUUUCCAUCUGACCAACUGAAGAGACUGUGUGUGUGUCUGUGUGUGUGUGCGUGUGUGUGUGUGUGUGUGUGUGUGUGUGUAUUUAUUUGUCCUGUUUGUGCUUUCCUGUGUCACCUCUGUGAGAUUUUGUGGACAGACUUAUCGAGUGAAUGCAUCACAAUUUAUUUUUUUAUAUCCAUGUAAUGCAAUAUGAUACUUCUACUAUACUUCUUGUAUAGUUUCAUUUCUUCUCUGUUUAUUUAUUUCUCAUGUAAAUACAUAUUUUGCUAAUAUGGAAGGCAGUGGGGAGAGCGGGGACACGGCUGCAUUGUGAAUAUUCCAUGAAUCUUUGCUGUUGAAAUGAAAGCGGUCCUCAAUGAUGGCAAAAAAAACAAAAAAAAAAACAAUGAAUUGCCGGAUGUUGUAGUCGUUACCAGUAAAAAGGGGAAUGAGUGAAUUGUUUGAAAUGUUAGGGUUUUAAAUAUGCUAAGUUGAUCAAAUGUAAUGUGAAUCAAACCAAUGCUUGCAGCAGGGGUUUAUGGGAGUAAUGCCAUAUCCGUUUGAUUUCCUUCAUUGUACGGCAAUACACAAGCUCAACCUCGGAAUGGCAUAAAGGUCUUUUCUAAAUCUCAUGUAAAAAAAACACUCACACACAUUGAAAUAACAAGCAACUGAAUAAAACUAUUGACAUGCAUUAAUUAUGUUUUUGAUAUCAAAGUCACAUGUACGAACAAUUUUAUUUUCUGUGCUACUCUACUGUGUGUUCAUCUCUAGUGUUCCUUACUGAAACUCAUGCAUACUGAGUGGAUUGUGAAUGUAACUGUGUCAUGUGAGCUGUCCCAUUGCCAUAAGCAGUAUUAGAAUGUGUGUACAUAAAGAGAAACUUGUCUAGUAUCGUUCUCAUGUUGAAAAAGAAAAAAAAAAAAAAACACACGGGUUUAGUCUCUGCAAACAUCUUCCUUACCCGUAUGUUGGCUUUCAGUCUCCCGAGGAGAGAGAACUGUGAAUCACCCACACUGUGACAGAAAACAAGCGUUGCCACCAGGUAAUGCUUCUACAAUGCAUUGUAGUGAAUUGAACCAUAUGAACAUUAUGUGUGUGUGCAUGCCUCGUAAAGUAGUUUCAUGUCAUUGUGGCAAGAAAAUAAAAUCUGAGCUAAACCUG